GACUUCACAUCCGGGGCAGCGAUUGACCAAUUAGAGUGCAGGUUACCUUUAAUCCCACCCUCUCGUAGUUCGAAAUCAACCCUGAAAUCCAGCUCGUCUGCAGGUCCAUAGCUGUGACUAUUUCUGCUUUUCCGCAUCAACAUGAGUGACCCUUGGCAAGAGUGUAUGGACCACUGUGUGGAGGUCACCAAAAAGGCUGGGAAGGUGAUCUGUGAAGCGCUCCAAAAGGACAUCGCCGUCAUGCAGAAGAGCUCACCGGUUGACCUGGUGACCGAGACAGACCAGAAAGUGGAGCAGCUUAUUAUAUCCUCCAUCAAGGAAAAGUAUCCCACACACAGCUUCAUAGGUGAGGAGUCAGUAGCAGCAGGUGCACCGAGUGUUCUGACUGACAAUCCCACUUGGAUCAUCGACCCCAUCGAUGGCACCACCAACUUUGUCCACAGGUUCCCGUUUGUGUCUAUAUCAAUUGGCUUCACUGUGAAGAAAGAGAUAGAGUUUGGGAUCGUCUACAGCUGCAUUGAGGACAAAAUGUACACAGCACGGAAAGGGAAAGGAGCAUUCUGCAAUGGAGUCCCUAUCAAAGUGUCUGGGCAAGAAGAUGUUAGCCAGUCGCUGGUACUGACAGAAAUGGGCUUCAAGAAGGAUCCAGAGCAAUUCAAAACAAUGCUGGCAAACAUCAAGACCAUCCUCACCAUUCCUGUGCAUGGAGUCCGUUCCCCGGGCAGUGCAGCUGUCAACAUGUGUCUUGUAGCGUGCGGUUCGGCUGACGCUUACUACCACAUGGGCAUCCAUUGCUGGGACAUGGCUGGAGGGGCGGCGGUUGUUACUGAAGCUGGAGGAGUUAUCAUGGACAUUUCAGGUGGGCCGUUUGAUCUGAUGUCUCGGAGGCUGAUCGUGGCCAGCAGCAGAGCGAUAGCGGAGCGCAUCGCGAAGGAGAUAACAGAAUAUCACGUUGGCAGAGACGACACAGAUGACCAGUAAACUUCCACACACUCCUCAGUGAAACGUCAUUUAAACACUCAGCUGUUUGGUAUAUAACAGGUCAGGAUUCUGUCUUUGCCUUAAAAGCCAAAAUGAUAAACUUACCUCUGAGGAGGACCAGUUGAGGGAGUUUUUUCAAUAUUCAGCGCUUAGUCUCUUAGUAAUUAAUUGUCAUAUGUUUGCUCUUCACUCUUGGUUCUUUUGUGACUUAUUUGGGCAGUAAUGACAUGAUUAAUAAUAAGGAAGAUGUGAUUGAGCAAUCCAUGUGUCAUAAUAUACUCUUGUUUUUAUGUUCUAAUCACACAGCCAUUUUUUAAUUUAUAUAUAUAUAUAUAUAUAUAUAUGAAUGAUGCAGCCACAACAAGAGCAAGGAACUUAUUGAUAAAAUACCUCACUGCAGCACUUAUAUAGUAAUUUUAGAAGAAAUGUGUUUGUUCAGGGCUUGACCAAUAAUAUUGCUUUCCAUCCAUACAGUCAUUCACACAGUAUUUCAUUGCCAUCACUAGUUUGCACUAUAAAAGAUAUGUACACCAAACACUGUGUACAUAUAACUACUGUACUGUAUAAUUGCUUCAAGUCCAAACUGAAAUAUACUGUUGGUGUUCUUAAUGUGUGCAGUAUGUUUAAAAGUGUUUUUGAAAUAAUGUAAUGAAAGCAACAAAUUAAAAAAAAAAGCCCUAUAAAUAUCUCUUGCUUCCUCUCAGCCUCUCUGACUCACCACAGGUGAAUAAAUUCAUGUCAUUAAAACACUGCAGAGACAGGUGUCAGCAUGCAUGGACACGUUAGCUGUACCCAUGCACUAAAGACAAUAACUGGCAACAGAGCUAAAGCCUGAGCAUGAGCAUUUGUGUAGAAAAAAUGCUGACAUUUGGUUUCCUUGACUAGGGAGUUUGUUGUCAUGACUUCUUCCCUGUGAAAUAAACACACAACCCAGAAAAAUUUUUUACAACAAUGAGAUGUGUUAAGACACAGCGUCAGUUCAGACAUUCCUGUAAAAUUCUGCUUCUCAAAAAAAAAAGAAAAAAAGCUGCCAUGCCAUCUCAUAUGUUACCAAGCCUCAACUCUUUGAGAAUGGAAAAUCCCCCUGCAUUCAAUCUCCUGCAAGGCUCCUAAACAUCCUGACAUCAGCCUGUAUCAGACACGUGUUCAGUGAUAAAUAAAUGUCCAUAUUCGCUUUUACCUAGAAAAAUGCUAAACUGUCUUUUCUCCUUAUAAAGUCUAUAAAGUAAAAAAUGUUUCUUGUGAAAAACAGGAAACCAAAUAAACAGAAAACAGGCCUCUGACACAUCAUAAAACACUAGGAAAAAAACCACUGACUGCUACCGUAGUGAUUUAGUAGAGAGAUAAAAGCAUUCACAGCCAUUACACCAUGUAAAAUCUCCGCUGCAUUUCCCCUGCCCUUUCAGUCAGUGCUAUAGAUGCUGCACAUGCAGAGCGGUGGACUGCCCCCCUGGGCUGAUGUGCUCUAUGAAAUAGCCCCAAUUUUUGCUCUCCAUGGACUAUUGUCUCGUUUUUUUCCCAGCUUGCGUUUGCUGAUGACUAACAAAUGGUUUUAAAACACUUUACUUGAGCAAACCAAGCUCUUCUAUGAUGCAGCCCCCUCCACAGAAAUCAAUGGUCCAUGUUAGUCUGCAGCAGGGGGUUCAGACGUAAUCACCACUGUUGGGAUUGAUUUCCAGAGUCAGCCAACUCAAAGCCAAGUCCUUUUCUGUCAACACCACCUUUAGACCAACAGCUGCUCAACAAAUCUUUUCAUCAUUUAGAUUUCCUUUGAUUUUCGAUGUUAUUUGCCUUGUUUACAGACUCAUUAAUGGCACUAAGAGCCAAGUCCUCAUACCUUUACUGUAUGUCCUGGUUGCCAUUAAGGAAGUACCAACCAUUGUUCUUUAGAAAACUGGUAAGGCUGUGUUUCCUGCCAUAUCACAGAAAUGUGCCCCUGGAGAUUAGAGAGGCUCUGUUGAUAUUUCUGAACAGCUUUAGUUAGGCCUGAUUUAGAAUUUCUGUUUUUUUCUUUAUUUCAGUUACAUUAUUUCUCAUUGUGCUCUGCAUAUGUAUUGUCACUUCAUGUAUAUUUCAUGUAUAUUUUUAGACAAGGUUCUCUCACCUCUGCUAUAGAGAGAGGGGGUAUUGGAGGCAGCCUGCCUUUCAGACCACAAGUAUAGAUUGGACAAAGAUAUGAGAAUGUCAAGUUCUCACUUGAAUUAAACUCUAAUCAGCUCAUGAAGUGGAUUUUCAUGGAGUGGAUCUAGACUUAAAUGACCUCUAAGACUUCCAUCCAAAUUUCCAAGUAUUGAAUUCCACAGCUUAUUGUAUUUUCACCAUGUCAGUCCUUAAGUCAUUAAUAUUUCGAGUAAAGAGUGGAGUUGAAGAUUUAGAAUACGUCUUGGACUUUUAAUCAUCCAUCCAAGUCAUUAUGAUAAUUUAAUACCCAACCUGUAUACUACAUUAAAGGGGUAAAUUGUUAGCUUUAUCUGCCACCGAAUGUGGUUUCUUGCUGGGAGUGGGUGGUGGUGAUGGUUGCUUGUCAAGAGCCUCAUCGUUGUCUUUACAAUACAAGAGGUUAGAAUACGUCCUCUGAGCAGUGUUACUUUUUCACUGCAGUCUGGGUGCUACGAAGAGAUCUAUCAGAAAGCCUCAGCUGUACUUUGUGUUUAUUGCUAAGUAGCAUGUUAGCAUGAUAACCAUAGUUUAGCACAUUAGCAUGGUCACGUGCUAAACUAAGGUGGUAAACAUUCUAAACAUAACCUAAAACCCAACAUAUUUGCAUUGUCAUUGUGAGCAUUUUAGCGUGCUGACUUUAGCAUUUAGCUCAAAGCACCUUUGUGCCUAAUUACAGCCUCAUAUAACUGGUCGAGUAUCUAUAAAUUCUUGUCAGAUAAUAUAGCUCAAAAGGGCCUUGGUGACUAGAUAAAACCUGUCUGAAGCUGCUGCUCGUCUUUCAGGAUGCACUACUGACCUUCAGCAACUUCAGCAUCAUGGCAGGCCUCAGUUACAGCUAUGAUUCCAGGGAACCAAACAUCCCAAACAUCAGUCACUCCGGAUAAAUUAUUCAUAACAGACCUGCCAGGGAGACAGCAGGACUGAUGUAUUUGUUUUGCUUGUCCUAUCACUUCUCUCUGCCUGUCUCCCAACAUCUUUUAGAGAGCGUCUUAUAUUUUACUGCACAACUGGGACAACAGGGUGACAACUGCUCUCCUGCUGGUCCCAGUCAAACAAAACUUUCAACAAAUCCCCCCUCCACGAUACCCCAUACUGAUCUGUUAAAUUCAGCAGAGGUCUGUUUAUUUUAGCUGCACAGCUUGUGCAUCUGAUUCCUAGCAAAUCCAGGAACUAAUGUAAUACGAUGACAGCGUUGUUUGCCAGCUUUAUCACUGUUUAACAAAACUAUUAGCAUAUGAAUAUUGAUACCAGGUAACUAACUUGCUUUGAAAAGAUCUGAUGUGAAACAUUUGCUUUAGUGCUCAUCCUGUCACUCUUUUAAGAAACACGCUUAGGACAUUUCAACACACAUAGAUUUGAGUUAUGCAAGGUGUGGCGGUGAUGAACAUCAUGUCUGAACGAGCCCUGGACAAACACUCUUUUUUUUUUUUUUUUUUUUUUUUUUUUUUCCCUCAACAGAGACAGAGGUAUCACACAGUGUAUAACCUAUUGUAUUAUUUUCUUUAAAUUAUUAUCUUUUCAGGAACCAAAAAUCAGAAAGAAACUCACUCAUGGUUUACCUGGGUCAAAUGUUGUUGCCUUCAUGUAUGUGUAAUCUGAUUUGGAACAUUUAAAUGAGCCACAAAUCACCAUGAUCAUUACAUUUAAUGCCGUAAAUGAAUAGGAAACACAUUGUCAUCAUUGGAUAUGACUUCCUGCGAGACAAUUGUCAUGGUUUCAUGAUAAGUCGUUGGAGUAUUCGGAUAGUAGUCUUUUACGUUACUGUAAACUGUAUCUCUGGGAGUGGUAUUGUAGAUAUAAGUACACUUUAUUGCAUAUUUUAAGGGUUGAGUAGCUGCUGUGAAUUUGGCAGCCUUUUUAGCACUAUCAUAAUAUUGGCAUUUGAUAUUUCUAUGCUGCAGUAUCUCCUUUUAUAGAAGAGAAGAAUUAAUUUUCGUGGAAUUUACCUCACCUUCACCUGUGUUAUGAUAACUGCAUGUCUUUACCUGUCAAAACAGUCACUAUUGCAGGAAAGAUGGAUACACACUUGAACGUGUAAAUCUAGAAACACAUGCAUCUAGAUCUGUGUGUCUGCAGUAUAUACUUUCACUGAUAUUGUCAAGAUUUUAUCCAACUUUCAGGAGGCACAGCGAGAAAAUGGGCAUGCAUGCACACAUAAUUUACGCUGACUCACCAGGGGACCUUUCAAAGUAUUUUCCACCAGUGGAAUACAAUAAAAGAACACAAAGGGAAAGCUCAAUAGCAGGGAAACUGUCAGGAAAUAUAAAACUGGCAGGAGCUUUGAUUGUCAUGCCAAAUCCCAUGUUGAAAUGAAGUCAGGAGCUGGAAUGUACUCUUUGAUUUCUCCAAAAAACGUAAGAGUUUUACCUCAGAAAACUUGAUUUAUGAGGUCAGUGUGCUGUCAGCUACACUAAGAGGAUGGAAUUUCUCCGGUGCAUAGUUAGGCAUUUAAUUACUAGUCAUGUCAGCUGGUGGAUGUACAUAUGUGAGAUAGACCCAGCAGGGUGUGUCUUCAUGUGGCACCUCCACAUUGUUCACUGAAGUCGUCACAAAAAUUGCAGACAAAAACAGACAAAAAAUUUCCACUCACUUAAUGCAACCACUGUGCAGUAAAUGCAGCAUCAUGUUAUUGCAGGUCUACCUUUAUGAGAACUACAUUUUUUUUCUUCGGGUUGCUAUGAGGAAACGUGUGGGCGGUGCCAGUACUUUUCCCACUCUGUCAUGCCAGCUUUUAGGGUUUCAUCACCUUGACACUGAGGCAACUUAAAGUCAGGUUUUUCAAAAGAAGCUGCACUAGCAGAGCUACCUUUGACAACACCACCUGACUUCACAAGAAGUAGAAGAAAAUGGACGACCCAUGGCAGAAGGCUUAUGACUUUGCAGUUGAAGUGGCAAGAAAAGCUGGGGCGG